AUGGCUGAUGAGGAGGAAGGGGAGGAAGAGAAGGAAGCAGAGAUGGGUGUGGAGAGAAUAUGCUGGGGUUGGUUUAGUCAUUUGGUGAUGGAGGUUCAGAAGUUGGUUUGUUCCCGCGGCAUGAACUCUGGUUUUGAGGACAAGACAACUGAUAGCGAAAAGCAGCAUGCAUGCAGAUGCAGUGGCCAACAACCAAGACCAAAAUCAGAGUCCAACGAAAUGUUACUCAAUCGACUUCACGUCUUGAUGCACAACUGGUGGCACACAGUAGUGAUGCAUAUAGCAGAGGCCCCGAGCUGCACCCACGGCAAUGUGCAACCUCUUAGGCCAGUCCAGCACACGAGGUUGGACCGACCUCGAGAGAUUGGAUGGCCUGUUUCUCUUGUGCAGCCAUCCAUCCAGGCUUCGAUUCUCCAAGUACUCAUAGACAAGAAGGAACAUAUGUCAAACUGCAACCUCACACCAAGGACUUUCUUGACAUCUCAAACCCUAAAGCCGUUUUGGAGCCACUCUUGUUUAACCUCUGGUGACACUAUCAUGGUUCCUUAUAACGCACCAUCCACUCGGCCAAAGAAGAGACCACAAGAAGCUGAAGAAGAUGAAGAGCCACCUCAAAAGAUAGCAAAGUUCAGUCCCUUUACUGGUUCAGCAAGACAAUUGGAUGGAAAACCGGUCUUGACACAAUCCAUUGCACCUGCAGUUUCCUCUCCUCCUGUACUCAAGAAACACCAAACGGAGAGUGGAAAUGGAACCAAUAAGGGUUCUAAGUCAUCAGCUUCUGCUUCAUUUCAACAUUCCGGAAAGCUUGAGUUUGGUUCAAAUGUCAACCGGCCCAUGAAUGAAACCCCAAAAGUUUCCCCAAACAACAGCAGUAGGCAAGAGCCCUCUCACAAGGAAGAAGAGCCAGAGUUGCAAGCAUUCACAGGGAAGAAAUAUACCCUGAAAUGGUGA